GAGGCGCGGGGCGGGCGCCGAGUGCCCUCGGGCUCAGCGAAAUGCAUUCGCGUUUCUCACCAGUGCUGGAGGGAGACAACUGCGUGUUUGACGGGAUGAUUUAUCGCAACGGGGAGACGUUCCAGCCCAGCUGCAAGUACCAGUGCACCUGCCGAGACGGACAGAUCGGCUGCCUGCCCCGCUGCAACCUGGACCUGCUGCUCCCCGGCCCCGACUGUCCUUUCCCCAGAAAAAUCGAAGUCCCUGGAGAGUGCUGUGAGAAGUGGAUCUGUGACCCUAAAGAUGAAGUGAUUUUGGGAGGUUUUGCGAUGGCUGCGUACAGACAAGAGGCCACACUUGGGAUCGAUGUGUCAGAUUCAAGUGCCAAUUGUAUCGAGCAGACAACAGAAUGGAGUGCUUGUUCCAAAAGCUGUGGAAUGGGCUUUUCCACCCGUGUUACCAACAGAAAUCAACAGUGUGAGAUGGUGAAGCAGACACGGCUUUGUAUGAUAAGACCUUGUGAAAAUGAAGAGCCAUCUGAUAAGGUAUGCUGCAAAGAGUGGCAGGGGAGCAGGAUCUCUUCAGCUGUAAUUCCAAGGUUGCAGUAUUAUGGUCUAGAAUGCCCCAGAUGCAAGUGUACGUAAAUAUAACUUUUAGCA